GAGACAAACGCUUCAACUAAGCCUAAGAACACGUCGAAAUUUAAUGAUAAAACUUUCUCACACGCCACCGUGCAAGCUGAGGCCAACACAUGGUCGGUUUGCGCUCUGCUUAGGCACUGCCUUACCUUCGGUCAUGGCCCUUCGAAGCCCAUGAAAAACGGUCCAAGGUCAAGGGCUUACGUUNACUACUACUACUACUACUACUACUACUACUACUACUACUACUACUACUACUACUACUACUACUACUACUGCUACUACUACUACUACUACUACUACUACUACUGCUACUACUACUACUACUACUACUACUACUACUGCUACUACUACUACUACUACUACUACUACUACUGCUACUACUACUACUACUACUACUACUACUACUGCUACUACUACUACUACUACUACUACUACUACUACUACUACUACUACUACUACUACUACUACUACUACUACUACUACUACUACUACUACUACUACUACUUGGUCUCCUGGUUGCCAGCUUCCCCUGUUGAGGAGUCGCCGUCGUCCUCGUGCAAGCAGCUUACGUCAUUUGGCUCAACUGUGAUCUCAUCCAGCACAGCCUCUUGGGGCUGUCCUUGGGGCUCUUUCGGCCGCUGUGACGACGAAUGUGGACAGCGCCGUCUUGUUCUUCGGGGAGGUCUGUAA